CUCUCUCCAACUGCUGCUCUUGUUUUCUGAAGGCUGAUGGUUUCAUAGCUCUCAAGAGCUGACACAGACAGGAUGAGGGGGCUGCUUGUUCAAAUUCUCUGCGUCGCACUCUCUGAGGUCGUGCUCUGUGCCGCUGACCCUUCUCCACUGAGCGAGGACGCGCUGCAAAAGCUGUCUGCAGCGGGAGAGCGGUAUGUUGAUGAGGAAAUCAAACGGGCUUUACUCGGGGUGAAGCAGGUGAAGGAAGUGAUGGAGAAAAAGGAGGAGAAGCACCGACACCUGAUGGAUGCCCUGAGACACAGCAGCGACAAGAAGACGGGCGCGAUGCAGCUGGCCCGGGAAACAGAGCAGAAACUCGAGGAGGCCGAACAGCAGUGUCAAGAUUUAACCAAAUCGUCCUUUGAGGAGUGUCGACCUUGUCUUGAAGACACUUGUAAGGCCUUCUAUACCUCCACGUGUCGCCGUGGCUUCGCGUCUUUCUCGUUCAAGGUGGAGGAGUUUUUCAGGAAAAUGGCCGCCCAGUUGGACGCUACCGAGCGCGUUUACAAUCAGAACGAGGAGAACGCGGGUUGGACCAGCUCACCUCAGAACAGGGUUGAAGAGGGUAAAGCCGAACUGGAGCUGCUGCAGGCGGAGGCAUCAUUCGGCCAGCUGUUGUCAAACAUCAGCCUCCUGUACAACCAAAGCCUCACUCUGGUCAAGAAGAUGCAGCAGAGGUUCGGCCAUUCCUUUUUUGCAGCCUUCACCGCAGAGAUCCAACCCAGCACGCUGUCGGGCGUCCAGGACGACUCGACUGCAGGCUUCUUGGCGACCGCGGGCCUGGAUCACAUCCUCGAUUCAGUUUAUGACUUUGGGAGGAAUGUGCUGGAAGAAUUCAGCUCCACGGUGACUGAUGUGUUUGAGGAGAUACACGAAGCCGAGGAGUCUUUUCAGCCAUCAAGCAGAGAUGCAGGAUCACUCACCAUUUUGGGACAAUCUCAAAGCAGAUAUAUGUGCAGACGACUUCGCAGACAAGCAUCAGAGUGCUGGCAGCUCCAAGACCUGUGUGAGACAUGCAAGGAUUAUCUGUUAAAAGAGUGCCCCAGCGUCCAGCAGUUGCACUCCGAGAUGGAGGAGAUGUACAUGCUGCUCAACGCCUCCCGUCAGCAGUACGACGACAGGCUGCAGCUGGUUCAGAGGCACACGGCGGACACACAGAGAUGGCUCAGCAGCAUGGAUGACAAGUACGGCUGGGUCAGCCAGCUGUCCAACAGCACAGCCGGCCCACACGACAUCUUCAGUGUGAUCACGGUUAUUCCACAGGAACAAAUGAAGAAUAUCAGGUCUAAACCAGACAGCAGUGUGGUCGUAACCAUACUGGACUCUGCCCCAUUUACUGUACUGGUCCCAGCAGAUCUGGAGGCGGAUGACCCUGCCUUCAUCCAAUAUGCAGCUCAGGAGGCUCUGACGCUACAUAAACAGGAGAUUAGAAGUAUCGAUCCAGGCAGUAUUGAGGCUUAGUACAUGGCAGAGCUCCGACCUGAAUUUGAACAAAAUGAAUGUCAUGUUUACACCAUGACAAAUCCCUGUGCAUUUCUUCAAAUUAAAUCUUAUUCAAAGAGAAACAAUGCAAAAGAGAUUAUAUGUAAGAAUGAUGAUGAUACAUUUCUUCCAUCACUGACUUUGUAUUAAAAAAUGAAAUGGAUCCGUAUGCAAUGUAACAUCUGUAUCCAUGGGAAUAUUUACGUGUACUGACUUGCUUGUGAACCUAGUCAACCUUCUGUUCACUUAUAUCAGUUAAAUUGUGGUUAUAUUUUUUCUUUAAAAAUGGUUUUAUGGUUCUUUUCUACUGAGGGAUGGAGUAAAACUGUGAUUCCUCUCUUCCAGAGAGUCCAGCACCAGUUUUCUUGAAAAAUGAAGCUGAGUUUGUAAAACUUGAAAAUGCACUUUAUAGACCACUAAACCUUUACAUGCACAGCUUAUAUUCUUUUUAUUCAUGUAAGUUAUGUGUUAGGAUUUAAAAUGU